AUGGUGAAAGGUAGAAUACAUGACUUAAGCUAUGCCGACGCUUUAUCUAAAAUUAUUGAUCAUCUAUUCAACCAGAGAAUCAAUGAGGUGCACAAAGAGUUCUUAUCAAAACCUUUAGAAAAAUUAAUGAUGAUUGAAGAUGAUGAAGAAUUUGGAGAAGCUUACGACAAUUUGCUUAUGGAUGAUGACUGGCUGCUUGAAGACUAUGGUGAGGAAGGUGAUGUGAUAUACCACUGUGAGAUGUUUGCUCGUCGAAAACUGUCACAAUUGGUUUCAAAAGAGCUUAAAAUGAAUUUUAAAAUGAAGUUUGAAACGGACUCACCAAUAUUGAAUGUUCCAUUAGAUUCAGUUGAUAUAAGGAGUAUCGUUCGUAAUAUUGAUGAUGAUUUAACUUUCAAACAAGUUGCAGAUGCAUCAGCAAAUUAUAAUGAGGAAGAUGAUAGUGGAGGCCUCAUAAAUAUAGUUGGUAUUUCAGUCUUCAAUGUUUAUCGUGUUGAAGUGAUGAACAUGAGACGUUGGUAUGGUCGUCAAGUUCCUGAGUAUUGA